GAGAAAAUGCUCCCAUCCGUUGAGUUCACCUUCUCUUGCAGUCCUUCAUCCGCUGGAGGUGCGAUAACUCCAACCUCGUCCGUGGACCAAUUAAGCCCACGUCCUCGCGGUAGCGAUCGGCGCUCGAUCACACCAAGUACACAGUCUCUUUUCGAGAACUUGCGUCUCGGCGAAGAUGUUCAGCCCCAAACGGCUGAAGAGCCACAGGUUGACCACACAGAGCAGGCGCAAAGAGUAUUUGGGUCGAGCCCGACACUCAAAUCCCUUGGAACAACGUACAGAGAUCUUUACAAUGCCACUCCUAGUCCUGCCGGACCCUCUUCCCGUCGGCCGGACCAGCAGCCGCGGGCAAGCACACCUAACUCCCCUCUGAAGGACAAGAGCAUGUCAAGGGACAACGCGACGCACGAAGACUCGGAUAACGAUUACUCCGACUACGACGAUAAUGAAGACGAGGAAGAGGAUGAAAGUCGUUACAACGUUCGCCAGGAUGAACUCCCUCCGGCGCCGAUCUACGAUAUGCGACUUCAGAAUGCACUACGCGCUGUCAGAGGUCAACUCGCCAGCCUUGCGCAGCACCUUGAGAGGAGAUGCGAUUUGGUGGGUGAUUCAACUACGGCGUUGCAUCAAUUGUAUGAGCAAGCACUCAAGGCGAGUCACUUUGCAUAUCCGGCCACGCGGACUGUGGGCUUCAUCGGCGACUCGGGAAUGGGCAAGAGCAGCAUAAUAAAUUCCAUUCUUGAUCAAGAGGGACUCGCCCGGUCGAGUGGGGACGGUGCUGCUUGCACGACAGUGGUUACUGAAUUCCGGAGUGUCAAUGACGAACAUCCGCAAAACUAUACCGUCGAAGCAGACUUCAUGGAUCAGAGCGAGAUCCGCGAGCUACUAGAGGAGUUGCUGUCCAGUGUUCGGAAAUACUACACGGAUGCCUUUCGCGAAGUGAAAAAGUCGGAAGAAAAGGAGGACAUCAAGGCCGCAGCGCUGAGAGCGUGGGAGACAUUACGGUCUCUCUUCCCACACGAAGAAGGCUUUGACCUCGAGUUUCUGUCCAAGGAAGGGGAAGAGUCGGUAAAUACCAUCUUAACGACCCUGCAGGAAUGGGCCAUGGCUGGACUGGAUUACCGACCGGGGGGACGAGACAACCUUCGCUAUUCCAUGGUAGCUCGGCAUGGGGAUGAAUGCAUGGAGCAGCUGGACAAUCUCAUGGCUGACUCCAAAGAUAGCAAGCGACCAGCAUUAUGGCCCUUUGUGAAGCUGAUCAGGGUUUAUUUGCGGUCGCCUGUCUUGCGCACUGGUCUGGUCUUGGCCGAUGUUCCAGGCUUCCGUGACCUGAACUAUGCCCGAGUCCGGGCGACAGAGAGGUAUCUCCGUCACAAUUGCGACGAAGUGUUCAUCGUCAGCUCGAUUCUCCGUUGUACCACCGACCAGUCGAUCGGCGAAAUAAUCCAACUUUGUGCACGAGAUCAGCCCAUCCGCAUUGUGUGCACUCGCUCCGAGGAUGUCGAUGCCAAAGAGACUGCGCGCAGUUCUUCCACUGAGGACGCUGCACGCAUCCGCAAUAUGGACAGCCGAAUCGAGCAUCUUGAAAGUAAUAUUAGAUCGACACGCUCUCGGAGGCGACGCGCGAGCGGAAGUAGGGGUCGAAGCCUCGCCGCUGAGGAGACCGAUUUGAGCGACCAGAAAGAUGCCCUCCAGCUCGAGUUGGAUCGUUUUCUGAUUACAAGAAGGAACACCCGAGUUACGGACGUUCUGUUGGCCGCCUGGGGCAACAACGCGCGGGUAUUCUGUGUUAGCAACAAGCUUUACGCUGAUCAUCGAUUCAUUGACAUCGAUGAAGCAAAUGGGUACCGUGCGCUGAGUGGGAUCACCGAGCUUCGUCGCUACUGCCAAUCUGUUCCGGCCGAUGCGCAGCUCCGAGCAACGGUCAUUUAUCUCAAGAACGAAGUCCCGGCCCUUCUAGGUUCGAUAAAUCAAUGGGUCUUGGCGGGUUCGAGUGGCAUUACUGUCGCCCGAGCGGAAUUACUACGUGGGGUUUUGGUGGAGGCGGAACGGACCCUCGAAAGGAACAUUCUCUCUCAGGACUCAGAAGUGCGUCGAGCGCAGGGUACUUUGGAACAACUAUUCACUAGCGACAUCACACGACUCAUCCAUACGUCACGGAACACCUGGUGCAAUAAUGCAGUUAAUGCGAGCAGAGAGUGGGCUUCAUGGCAUCACCUGACAUACGCAGCUUUUUGUCGCAAUUAUGGAAGUCACAAGACGAAAAGUCAGCCCCAGUAUCGUUGCUGGAAUGAAGAGAUUCUCGGCUCAGCUUGUGGUUGGCUGAAGCUCGCAUGGGAUGGUGUGCUGAGCCAGUUGGAAGGGCAUGCCGAAGGCUUUGAGAAAGGUCUUUCGCGUCUAUUCGGGGAGGUCUGCGAGUCUAUCGAAAAACACCAUGACCUCGCGCCAGAAUCGCUGCAAAAUCUGCUUUCGAAUAUCCGCACCCGGCAAAGAUGCUUGGAGGAAGCGGUUCGCAGUUCCUUCCAUGAUCUCAUAUAUACAACGGAAAAAGUCAAAGCCGACACAAUCCACGGGCACACCAGUUCUUAUAUCGCGAAUGUCAUGCGCCCUGUCUAUAACAUCUGCCAAGAGCAGUACGGGACCGGGAGCGAUUCCCGACGCAAGGGAACAAUGAACCACUUUCUUUCAUCUCCAACGCUUUUCAUACAAUUUGCCUCGAAUAUCGAUAAAGACUAUCGCCAAAUCUUGGAUAAGACCUUUGGUCAACUAGACCAUAGGCUGCGCGACGAGGUUGCGAACAUCACUCGGGACCUGCGGGCUUCAGUCACGGUCGAGGGCGAGGUUUCUGAAGCUGGCCAGAACCUUCAGCACGCAGGUCAAGUGAAGGAGAAGGUGGAGGAAAUUCGCGUUGUUUUAGAUCAUGCUCAACUGACAGUUCGGGAAUUGGCGGAGGGAGUGACGUUUUGAUUUGUUUAUUUUGUUGCGCAUAUUAGUAUUGCUGCAGCGAGAUCCUAGGAUUUGCCAGCUGCGACCUGCAUUACCCUUCUCAUUGCCAUCUAAAGUUAAUAUCUAGGUUCUAGCUUCAAGGAAUUUCCCAUAUAAAGUUACAC